AUGGCUAGCAUUCAGGAUGAAGAUGAGCGGUUGCUGAACCAGAUUGGCUAUUCCCAGGAUAUGGGACGGCAUUUCAAUCAAUGGUCAAUUUUAUCCUAUGCCAUCUCCGUCCUUGGAGUUCUUGGGUCCCAGCCUGCCACCUUUGGCACGCCGCUGAGCCUUGGAGGACCUGCUGCGGCGGUUUGGGCUUGGCUUAUAGGCUCCAUCAUGGCAUCGUUCACUUCAGCAUCCGUUGCCGAGCUUGUAUCGGCAUAUCCUACAGCUGGCGGCAUGUACUUUGUUACGAAGAGCGUGGUACCUCCAGAACAUGUUGCUUUAUGGGCUUGGGUUAUCGGCUGGCUUAAUCUUUUGGGCCAAUCCGCCGGAGUAGCGAGUGUCUCCUACACUGUUGCUCAAAUGAUUCUUGCUAUAGCAACCAUGAAUUCUCAAUAUGACGAAGCUUCUGGCACCUACGCGUAUUCGCCAACACCAUUGCAGAUUGUUCUCCUUUCGAUAACAUUUCUAGUUGCUUUUGGAAUAGUCUGUUCGCUCACCACGGAGACACUCCAUAAAAUAGAGCUGUGGUUUGGACCUAUCAAUGUCCUCGGAACAGGAGUUAUUUGCAUCUCCCUCCUGCUUCUGACUCCGAAUAAACAAGAUGCCAAGUGGGUCUUUGGUCAUUUUACCGAUGGCUCUGGUUGGGGCGUUGGUUUCUCAUUUCUACUCAGCUUUCUAUCGGUUGCAUGGGUGAUGACAGACUAUGACUCUACUACCCACAUGUCCGAGGAGACACACGAUGCUGCAAUCCAAGGGCCAAAAGCAAUUCGAUGGUCCGUUACUAUUAGCGGGAUACUUGGAUGGAUAUUGACCGUCACGCUGUGUUUCUGUAUUAGUGAUUUGGAAGCUGUUAUUAAAAGUCCUACAGGUGUACCAGCAGCCCAGAUCUUCCUAGAUGCAGCAGGUAAGACUGGCGGGACGGCAAUGUGGUUCUGGGUCAUCCUUGUCCAGGUAUUUACUGGUUGCUCUGCCAUGUUAGCAUUGACCCGAAUGGCAUAUGCAUUUUCUCGGGACGGGGCAUUACCCCAUUCACGCUUCUUCUCCAAAAUCAAUCCACAAACCCGCACCCCAGUCAAUGCCGUCUGGCUCUGCGUCGUCUUCUGCUGCUCCCUAACACUCAUCGCCAUCGGUUCCACGCAGACGAUUGUCGCGGUCUUCAAUAUCACCGCUCCAGCCUUGGACUUCUCCUACGCGCUUGUGAUUCUCGCUCGUAACUUAUACUCCGACCGGAUUAAAUUCAUCCCUGGCCCCUACCAGCUCGGAAAAUGGCAGAAACCCACCAACUUGAUCACAUUCAUUUGGGUAUCAGUCAUAAGUGUGGUCUUACUGUUCCCUACAGUCCGGCCUGUAACUGUCACAAAUAUGAAUUAUGCUGUUGCCAUGGCGGGUUUCAUUGGAGUCUUUAGUCUCGGGUGGUGGUUUGCGGGCGCUAAUAUGUCGUAUACUGGCCCAAGGACAAGUGAAAUGAUUAUCCCGAUUGGGGAUGAAGAUAGCAAUGCAGAUGAUGGUAUCAAUGAAGAUACUGAUAUCAAUGAAAGAGUCCGCCUUAUGAGAGCCCGACUAGCAAUAGUAGUCGUCACCACCCUCCUCCCUACAAUCAACGCCGCCUCCUCAACCCUCCAACUCAUUCCCCCAAGCUCCUUCGGCCCCAACCCAACAAAUGUCGGCUUCUACCUCUACCUCCCCAAGAACCUCGCGCCCUCACCCCCCAUCCUAGUAAACCCGCACUGGUGCCAUGGCUCCGCCCAAGCAGCAUUCACAGGGACGCAGCUGGCAACACUGGCAGAUACCUACGGCUACAUCAUGAUAUUCCCUGAUUCGCCGAACAUGUCAGAUAAAUGCUGGGACGUCUCGUCCACACAAACACUCACCCAUGACGGCGGUGGCGACGCCCAAGGCAUCGUGAGUAUGGUCAAAUACGUGCUAGCAAACCACGGCGCGGAUCCCAAGCGCGUCUUCUCCAUGGGCACAUCCUCCGGCGCCAUGAUGACGAACGUGCUCCUAGGCUCGUACCCGGAUAUCUUCGCGGCAGGCAGCGCCUGGGCGGGCGUAGCAUUCGGAUGUUUUUCCGGUCCCGGGUACGAUUACUGGAACUCGGAUUGCGCGGAAGGGAAAGUGAUUAAAACUGGUGCUGAAUGGAAAGCUAUCGUGCAAGCUGCUUUCCCAUCGUAUACUGGCUGGCGGCCGAAGAUGUGGGUGUUCCACGGCAGCGUGGAUACCACGCUGUAUCCGCAGAAUCUGCAGGAGGAGAUUAAGGAGUGGACUGCGGUGCUGGGGUUGCCUGGGAGCCCGGUGAAGACUUUGAGUGAUGAUCCGAAGGGGGGGUGGACGACGUGGGUUUAUGGAGAUGCGUUUAGGGCCACGAGUGCGAGUGGGGUUACACAUGAUAUUCAGACAAAUGAAACAUUGGUGCUGGAUUGGUUUGAUUUGAAGUGUAAGGGGAAUGGAUGUUUUUCGCGGCCGUAG